AUGGGCCCCGAAACGAUCGCGGCCACUUCGCGGCCCCAAAAGAAGGCAGAGAAGGUGGCGAAAAAUCCCGUCAUGGCUGGACCUUUGAAGGUCGCGUGGGUGAACGGGGAUCUCGUUACAUCGUCGAGACUUCUCAAGAGGAUCUUCUGCUGCUGUCCGAGAAGCCUGCGGCGUGCGAACGUGCGUGCGAGAAGGGAGCGGUUGCUUGGUGGGACUAAGCGAAUCCCAUCAGUCAGGCGUCAUCAGAGGACAGCUCAAGGAGCAGGACGGCCCAUUGAGAACGUCUGUGUUACACUGUAUUGGAAUCUCUCUCUCCGUCUUCAGCCUCGUAGCUGGUGUGUCGGGAGUCGCACAUGCUGCUGCGGGAGUCAGCGCUGCGGUGCAAAAGUUUCGCACGCCACAGCCGCCGCAGACACAGGUAACUGAAUCGAGGAGUGGGUGCGAUAAGCCAAUGGGUGAUCUCACGUGUGCCUAUUGACUGUAAUUUUUCAGGACACAGGAGUACAAGUCCCACCUCGGUAGACAUCGACCUUGUCGGUUCUGUCCAUGUUCCAAGCGAUAGAGAAUCAAGUCACUUCGGUUCGGACAGAAAGGCAAUCAGCGGUGCUGCCCUGGUGAGUAGGUGAUUUGUACCGAGUAGGCAGCGCGUGAUGGACGUCUUCAUGUCGCAUAUUAGCAGCCUGUCUGAUGUGAAAAGAUCCCUUCUGCACUAAUAUGCGAUGAAAGACGUCGACUUAAAUUGGUGCCGGCCGUUGUUGUCUUGUUGAAUGACAG